AUGUUGCACUACAAUUUAGGCGAGCAAUAUCCACAAUUAUUGGCAACUCAGCAACGUAAACGAUAUCAACAACAAAAAUCACGGCAUCUGCAGGAGGACGAUCAGGCGCUGUUGCUACAACAGCAACAGUCGCAACAGGCACAGCAACAGCAACCACCAUCUUCCCAACAGCAACAGCAACAGAAGAAACCUCUGCGCAUCUUUCGCGUACACUACAUACGCAUCAAUUCCAAGGACGGUUGUGGUGGGCUCAAUAGAAGCAGCAGUCUCACCAACCUCUCCUCAUUUAGUAGUGGAAGCAGCAGCAGCGGCGGCGGCGGUGGCUGCAGCACAACUUGUAGCGGUAUUGGUGCAACAAAUGCAACUUCCGGCAAAAUGAAAACUAUCGCACCAAAUAUACGACGGCGACGUCGUUGUGACAAACAUCAUUUGGAAUUGGCUGCCACAGCAGCGGCUGCAGCAACAGCUGCUGCGGCGACAACAUCCGCGUCGUCGUCCUCGGGUGGUAUUUUGCAUAGUGGCGCUUCAAUUAGCAUGCCCGCUUCGGUUUGCUCAUCGGCUACCACCUCUACGGCCACUUCACCCAUUGAAGAUAUAGCAUUACCAGCUCCGCCCAUAACGCCACCACCGGCAUUUCUUUCCGCUGGCUAUAAGCGUUCAUGCACCGGCGCCACUAAUACGCCGACUAAUGUAGUAACGGCGUCGAAGGCGUCAUCAACAACAGCACCACGUGCUACAUUGUCAACAGCCAAGGCAGUGGCUGGUUCUACUGCAAGGCUAGGCGCUGCUGUGGGCAGUGCAAGGUCAUCAUCCUCGGCAGCGUUGACGGCGGCAAGUGGCAGCAAAGCAAUUGGUAUGCGGCGAAUGUUAG